AUGGCGGACCACAACAUACCCCUUCAGCCACUUCUGAGAUGGAUAGCACUCGUACUGCGUCGAGACGAGGGAUCCUGCGGAUUGCAGCCCUUCCCGGACGAAGAAGCCGUGCGCCUGUUGCAUGAACAGUUCAAACCCGAAAUUAAUCGAUUGAAGAGAGCCGGUGAGCAUCCAGAGAAGGCCAAUAUCUCCCCUAGAGGAAGCCUUACUGCGGAAUGCCUUACCCCGUCGAGCUUCCUGUUUCAAGAAGAGUUUUGUGAGGUGAAUCGGACGGUGGUCGGUUUUUUGGCCUUGAAAUGGCUAUCGGAGAACAACCAUGGCGUCUUUACGAGAAACCAAUCCGAAAACAGGCUUUCCCGGGUCACCUUUACAAGGUUGCGCAACAUGGUGCGUGAGUCGUUAAAAGGUGCGGAUGACAUACUGGCUGUCAUCGUGCUACUUGUCCUGAGCGACAUGGGCAAAGAUCCCGAAUUGAAGAAUGAGAUGAAGGACCGCGAUCUAGAAAACGCGAAUCACGAUCAUGUCCUACACCGGGCAGUUGACUCGGGACUGUUUUCCGAGCCGUUACGACUACUGUCUCAGGCGGCCGGGGAUGUGAUCUUAGGCAUCCAGCUGGGCGCGGUACUGAAUAUUCCACAGUUGGUACAGGGAGAGUCCGUCCCCGGAAGCUUGCUAGGAAUUUUCCAGUGGCCAGAGCGGGCUUUCAGGCUGAAGUGUCUUGAGGUCAUAUUCGAUGUCAGCGGGGCCAGUGGCCAUGUGGGUGCUGAAGGCGCUAUUUGCAUGACACAACCGGUCUGUCAAUCGCUUUUGGACACUCUCCCUUUGCUCAAAGAUGUUGUGGAUGGCGCAAGUUCUGUCAAAGCGGCAUACAACGGGGUUCUGCAACAUCGAGCUGAGAUACUAGCAGCUGCCGGCGUUCGACACCUCUCAGUGGACAACGCCAACGAUCGGGUGCUGCUCCGCCUUUGCGCAAUGGGCAGGGUCACCGACCAGAAAUCGGCUCAACUAUUCGAACAGGCGUUUAAUAAGCUUUCCGACGGCAUAAAGCAGCAACUAACUAGUGGAUUAAACGUUGAUGGCGAUGGCGACGGAGACGGAGUGGCGGUCAUUCUAUAUUACAUGCCAGCGAUGUUUGCGCAAGCGCAGAGGCUCACCCGUAGCCAGCCAGAUAGCAAGCGAGGGCAAAUGCUUCAGAAGCUCAUGCACGCCAUGGCUGAAGAAUAUGCGGCCAAUACCAGCAGCUCAGGUAAAAUUAUAGAGAAAGAUAUGUCUUACCUGAAGGGGAGGAUGCAGCAAUGGGCCCAAGAAGCCGACAGUGUUAACUGGCGAUAA